CUAUAAAUAUAUAUACGACAUAUUUUUUAUCAAGGAACCACAACACAACACAACACAAAGAACACUUCCAAUAACUCCCUCAAGACACAUUAGUUCCCAAAUGGGGGGUUCUACUAGCACUUCCUCCAAUACAGUGUCAUUGUUAACAACCAAAAAGAAAACUGUCAAAGACAAAACAUUCACAGCAGCAGGCAACCUCAUCAAGGUCCUCCCAACCGGCACCGUCUUCUUGUUCCAGUUCCUCAACCCUGUCUUGUCCAACACUGGCCACUGCGCCACCGUCAACAAAUUCCUAAGCGCCAUUCUCAUCGCCAUUUCAGGUUUCUCUUGCUGUUUUGCUUCCUUCACUGAUAGUUACAAGGGCAGUGAUGGAAAAACCCACUAUGGGGUUGCAACAGCUAAGGGUCUUUGGCCCUCAACAAAUUCUAACUCCGUGGCCUUGUCUGCUUACAAGCUUAGGUUUGGCGACUUUGUGCAUGCCUUCUUUUCCUUGAUUGUGUUUGCAGUUGUAUCACUUUUGGACACCAACAGUGUCAGGUGCUUCUAUCCAGGGUUUGAGUCCAGUGAGAAGGUUUUGCUGCAGGUGUUGCCUCCUGUCAUCGGUGUAAUUGCCUGUACUGUUUUCUGCGUGUUCCCUAAUAAUCGCCAUGGAAUCGGAUACCCCUCCUCAAGUUCUGAUUCUUCACAAGACUCAGACAAAUCCUGAAGGAAUUGAAGUAUCUGUGCUUCUUGUUUAAAUAUGGCAUUAGUGUUUGCUUAAUUUCUUCUGUAUCGAUCCCUUUGGAACGCAUGUAACAAGUUUCUAUUGUGCCCUAAAUUUUCCAUUUAUGAAUUAUAACUUGAUCUCAAUUCUCAAGUAGUUUAAUAAGAA